GCUCACUGCACCCCUCUGUGAUGCGCGCCGAGGCUCCCCCGCCUCCGCAUGCUCGCCGCGCUCUUCCUCAGUCUCUCGCUCCUCUGUGUUUCUCUCCUAAUUCGCGUCGGGACGACGAGCCCCGCGGGAGGAUUCCAGGCUAGGAGGGGGCCGGGCCGGCGAAACGGAGCCGAGCGGGAGUCAGUGCCCGCGCGGCGGCCGGGCGGAGCGGGGCUGCGGGAGCCGCCUGCGCGGCAGCAGGAGCGGCGGCAGAGGCAGCAUCCCCCGCGCUCGGCGCCUGCACUCGGAGUUGCUGCUGCUGGCAGGCAUGAGUGUUAUUAUAGUGAGCGGCGUUGCCGGUCCAUUGCACUGAGCCAAUGGCAGGGAGCCACUGGGCUGAUACUGAGAGCUGUCAGAGGAGUACAUCUGUCACCCGCUGCCUCCCCCGCCCACCCCACCGCCGGGACCCGCGGCUGCGCCAGCCCGAGCGCGAGUGGGAGCGCCCCGCGCGGCGCCACUGCCGCAGAGAGCCGGGGACGCGACGGCCACCGCCAAGUGGGAGACUCCUGGAAGGAUAAAAUUCAAUAUCCAGUUCAGGAAACAGGAAACACAGAUAUAUGACUUGUCCCAUGGAACAGAAUAUCAUCUACGUGGACUGUCACACUGUGCUUCUAGUGGCAAAGUUUGAAUAUAUGUAUGUAUCAGUGGAUCUUUAACUUUGCCAUUGUGUUGCAAGUACUUGUUAUAUCCUUCCUUUUAUUCUUAUUAUUUAAAUCAAUUUUUAUUUUGCAAGACUACUGGUAACGAUUUUGGAAUGAAUUGUUUCUGUGGAACCAAGUCACCCUAAUUUAAAAAAUAAUUUUUUUCUCUCAAUAAUUUGAACAAUAGGUUUAAUGUAUGAGGUUAAAUAUAUACCUGCUUAUUAUAAAUGUGCAGAAUCAUUUCUUGUUUAGAAAAUAUUUCAAAUAUUUUAUGGAAUGAUUAUAGAUUAUUUGUGUUCAAUUGGCAACUUUCUAGCCGAACAAUUUAUAAUUAAAAAUGUAAAUAAAGAAGUGUCAUUAGUCUAAAAAAUUGCAGUUCAUCUUGCUACAAUUUCAAUUUUGCCCUUUCUACAACUGCAAUUGCCCCUUCAAUUCAUCCUUUACAACUGCAAUUCAAAUCAGAUUCUUUAAGUUUUCCUCUUAUACUGAUUUAUCCCACUUGUCUUGCUUUGCUUAACUCAAAUUUGGAUAAUAGGUUUCUGCUCAGCAUUGUUCCUCAUCUGCUUCUGGCUCACACAAAAUUUCAGGACAGUGUUGUCACCUUGACAUGUGAAACCAAGGUCUUGCUCCUCUCCUAGACCAGUGGCUAGACCUCUGGGUUCUAAAUCAGUUUCCUGAUUCAUUCAGUCGAGUUCUUCCAGGAGUAGGUAAAUCUUUCCUGAGUUUACCUACUAUAUAUUACUACCUCCACAUGCCUUUCCACUGGACUCCCUACUUCCUGUCAUAAAAAUCUUUGGAUGCUUUUACUAUGUCUGAAUAACUUCCAAUCACUCGAUUGAAAAAUCCCCACAAAUUAGAUUGACUUCUGGGUUCCAGCAACUCAGCCUUACCUGAGCUUUUAUGAAUCAAGUUUUUAGUCUUACGUCAUCCUGAAAUAACAAACAAACCAAAUAUGUAUUCCACUACUUUUCAUAUGUGUCUGGGAUGUAUUCAUAGUCAUCACUGAGUAUAUUUUGGGAUUCAAAAUUUUCCUUUUCAUUAUUGUAAUAAUCUUAAGCAUAUUUUUAUCAUCUGUAUAACCAUAUAACUGGGUAAUUUGUAACUUAGUGUUGCCACUAUUUAUCACUUUGGUUUACAUUCAUGUUUAUUAUCAUAUUGGUGCCCAGCACUAGUGCUUUUAUUAUUUUUGAAUAAUAAAAAUUUAACACGCACUUGUUCACUCUCAGUUAAUGCCAAGCGAUAUGAUGGUGUGCUGCGUGAACGAAGGUGCUACAUAGUUAAAUUGGAAAAAGUGGUAGAAGAACAGCAUCACCAUAGUGCACUCAUAGUCAUUGUAAACUUCAGGCAUGUGGAGAUCAGUGUUGACACACAAACACUCAUAAACAAAUUCAUGUUUGAGAUAGGAUUUGAUUUCAGCAAAGCAACAUCAUCUGUUGUAUUAAAUCAAGAUGGGAAAUUUGGAUAUUUUGCCUGUUGUAUUUUCAUUUGAUUUCUUUUUUUUUUUCUUUCUUUUUUUUUUUGGUUUGUGUUUACAUAAGAGCUAUAAGCAUAUGGGGUUGUAUAAUUAGUUUGAUGUUAACAUAUUUAAGUAAAAUUAUGCCUCUAGUGAACUUAGUAUAUUCAAGAGAAUAUUUAAGAGAAGAUCUAUAUGAUAUUUACUAUGAGAAACGCUGACCUACACUAGUCAUGGGAUAUAUAUUGAAUAUCAAAACUGAUAUUACCUGAAGCUGAUAAUGUAAUUUUAUUAUUUUAUGUAUGAUGGUAAAAUUUUAAGGUAAUUAUUAGGUAAUAAUUUCCUAAAAGUAGCUCCAUGAUCAUAACCCUGUUUCUGUAUUCAAAUUCAGCUGAGUUGAAAUAUGGUCCUGUUAAAAACAAGGAUCAAUAAAUUAUCACUGAUUAUAAGACAUAUAUAAGGAUGUUACAAACAGAAGGGCGUCUUCUAGUCAAUGAAAUGUGAAGCCUAUAUUUGUGUGGACUCUAUCACAAUUAACACCUUAUUCCAAACCACUGUAAGGCACCUUCAACUAAAAGAACUUUGGAAUAUUGGACAAAUAAUUAUUCAGACUCCCUUAACUUCACUUAUUUAACCUUUGAAAGAAAGGGAAUAAGCAAGAUAUUAUCUUAUGUUUUUUCAAGCUUAAUUAUCUGAUUCUCUGGCAACUUGCCUAGAGCUGAUGUUGAUUAUGCCUGGCAGAACAGAAUACCAACUUAGCUCCUCACUUGAAGAUGUGUGUCUUGAAUAGCUGGUAUAACUGUAGAAAUUGUGGAAAUGUGGAAAUUGAUACAAAUGUAAAAAGGAUUAGAGAGAAAUUUCAUAAUUUUUCUGGGUUCAACCUUAAUAAGUAGAUAAAAUAAUUUAAUUCUGCAACUUUUUAUAUCUUAAAAGAAUGAUAGAGCAUUUGUUAGGCUAUAAAAAAUAUUUAGGUGAUAUUGAUAUUUUUCAAGCAUUUUUACCCUGUAUUUUUCAAUUCUAAUAAGUAGCCUUGGGAUAAAUGCCAAAACAAUGCAAAUAGGAGAGCCAAAUCUACAUUUCUAAUAUGUUGCCAAAUAAAUUAAUGCAAUUGGAUGACAUGUAAUUAAUUUACCAAAAGGAAUAAAAUUAAGAUAUAUUAUUAUGAGUAAAGAAAAAAAGAUGAA